AUCUGGCGUUGCGAAGCUUCCCAUCAUAGUACAUCGGGUACUUUUCGGGCGAAUCCUUCAUGAACUGAUUGUAGAUUGAAACUUUCUUUUGCUUUUUUUUCCAUGGAUAACGUCGUUCGUCUCAGGUCCAAAUGACUGGACAAGCAUUUCGUGUCCACAUCAUGUCAACGCCUAGUUUGAGAUCCAGUCAGCUGAAAUGCACUUAUGUCAGGCAUCGCUCAAGUUGAGAACCCGCCACAAACUUUCAAUUACAGCACGAUCGAUUAGCUUAUGCAAGUGUUUUUGUCUGCAUUACUUUCACAAUGCCCGGUGGUAUACACCCUUCUCUUGACGUCAUCUUGUCAUGGCCGACGCCAAACUAUGUCGACCCUGUUCGACGACCAAACACCAUCUUGCUCCUCACAUGUAUACUUGGACCCAUUACAAUCGGGACAACACUUGCGAGGCUAUGGGUCAGGAUAUUUCAUCAACGGAACCCAAACUGGGAUGACUGGUUGAUGUUGGCUGCGGCAGCACCCCUCAUCACUCUCACGAUCCUCUAUCCUCUGUCUGGCCGAAACGGACUCGAUCGACAUAUAUGGGAUAUUGACGUCUUUAGCAACCCUCAGGCCGCAGUCACUUCCCGGAAAUAUGUACUGGCUCUUGAAACGAUAUUCUGCACCACAUCAGGCCUGAUCAAGAUCUCGAUUCUUCUAUUCUACCGACGUCUGGGGUCUCGGGUAGUUUCAAAGACCUUUCGCUGGGUGACUUGGGCGAGUAUCGGCUUCAUCGCCGCCUACACGGUUGCUCUCACACUUGCCCCUAUCCUCGGCUGCCAGCCAAUUUCAGCAUAUUGGGACCAAGUCAACAUCGCCAAGGUUCUCUCAGGGGACUACAAAUAUCACUGCUUUGACGAAGGCGCUGAUCUCUUCGUCGCCAGCAUCCUGUCAGCAGUGCAAGAUUUCAUGACCGCAAUGCUUCCUGCGUGUCUGUACUGGAAUCUUCGAAUUCCUAUCCGGCAAAAGAUAGCCUUGUUCAGCAUCUUCGCUCUUGGAUACGGUGUCUGCGCACUCGCUGCGCUUCGCGCGUAUCAUACCUGGCAUGUCUUCUAUGAGACCUACGACGUUACAUGGGCGACCUGGGACCUGUUUCUUGUCACUAUGCUGGAACUGCAUCUCGGCGCUUUCUGCGCCAACGUUCCUGCGCUCAAAGUCUUCUUCAAGCACUUCUUCCACGACAAGCUGGCGUCACGGUUCGGAGGAUCCAACAACUCCAAGGACCGAAUCGACAGUGCUCAUUCGCGAUUCAAGUCCAACAACUCACACAAAGUGUUGCAGAAAGUAGGGUCCUUCUUCUCAAAGCAUAGCCACUCCCGCAGUAGCAGAGGAUACAUCUCCGACAACCACACCAGCGUCGUCGACCAUCUGGGUGGCGUGAAAGUCGAAAAGGAGAUCCAGAUAUCCCGCUCACCUCUCUCCGCCGCUGAGAACCCAAAUACAGUCAACAAGCACGACACCAUCGACGUUCUUUACAACCACUACUAUGCGGAUAUCGAAAUGGGCUAUCUCGAAGGUACACACAACUCUCCCGCACCUAGCCUGCACUCGGUGCGAGUCGUCGACGACGACCUACUUGAAGCUCUGCCGCCUCUGCCACUGUCGCCCCGGAGCCCCAGGUCGAUCAGAUCCUUUGUGUCAAUGAGGUCUCUGAGCUACAACCCAAAGCUCAAGGCGCUACCCAGUCUACCAGUAGCUGAUGCUGAUAGCGGGGAGAGCAGAGGUGAAGGUCCGAGUUUCAGUCUUUUCCCACCUCGCACGUCGAGUAAUUCGCCACCGCCAUGGAAAAGGUGGUCUUGAGCGAGUAGGAAGCUUGGGUGUAUGAUAUAGAACGAGAUCCUGAUAAUGAAUGUAAUGACGCGAUUCUGCCGUGCGCAGGC